UUUAGCAUUAUAGUUUAGUGAUCUUAUAUUUAUAUGUUGUGUGUAUAAAUUUACAUUAACUAAAGUGUGACAUGGAGGCAUCGAUUCUGAAUUCUACAUCAGUUUAAAAGUGCAGCAGAUUCACGUGGGAUAAAGUGUGACAUGGAGGCAUCGAUUCUGAAUUCUACAUCAGUUUAAAAAAUAAUUGAUUGAUAUUCAACAAACAAGUUCUUCCGUGUUUACCAUCCAAAAAAACAUCUAUUUUAUCCCAAAAUUCUCUACGAUGAAAAGGCUUUUGAUUGUGGCAGAUGACUUUGGAUACGGAUAUCAGCGCAACCGUGGGAUUGUUGAAUGCUUCCUAAAACAAUCUAUAUCUGCUGCUUCUAUACUUGUUAACUGUAAGCAUAGUGAGGAUGCCGUGAACCUUGCCUUGCUACAUAACAUACCUGUGUCUUUGCACUUUAAUAUAACUCAGGGAAAACCUACUAGUGAUAUUAACAAAGUAAGAUCUCUAGUUGGUGAUGAUGAUAUGUUCUUGGGUAAAUCAGCCUCUUGGAAAAAUACAAGUUAUCUACAAAGUGAAAUUAAAUUAGAGCUGAGUUCACAAAUCAAUUGGUUUGAGAGAAAGUUUGGUAGAAUGCCUGACAGGGUGGAUGGUCAUCAGCAUAUACAUGUACACCCAAUGGUUAGGAAUGCUUUUGCAAUCACAUUACAAGAACGAGGAAUUAAACAUACUAGGUUGCCUGUGGAAGAUAUAAGUUCAAUAUUACAUCAUGGGAUGCCUCAGUCAAGGCUGCGGUUCCAUGAACAAAUUCAAAUGGAAUCAAAAAUUGCUGCUCUUAUUUUUGACCAACAGUGCAUUAAAUACACGCCUCAUUUUAUUGGGUUGAAUUUUGUUGGCAAAGCUAUGAAUUUCACUCUAUUGCAAAGGUCACUAGCCAAUAUAUACAAAAAUAAGCGCAGUGCAAUUUGUGAGCUAAUGUGCCAUCCUGGGUAUAGAUGUGACAAAAACUCAGAUGGAUUUUUGCAUGAAACAACAGCUGACGAUUUCUCUUGUUCUCCUGACAGAGAGCAUGAGUUAAAAGUAUUAACCUCAAAUGCAAUGGCUGCCUUUUAUAAAUCCGAGAAUAUUUUACUAAAAUAUGAAUUAAGUAUACCACUUUAAAUGUAGCAAAUUCAUUUUUAUUUUCUUAGUAUCAAGUACUAUGUGAAUCAAUUUUUAUGUUUAUGAAGCAGUUCGUUUUGUACUUAAGUUUUGGUAUAUGUUUUUCUGAAGUUGUUAUAAUCAUUUAAGUUGCAGUUCCUUUUUUAAAUUUUUUUCUAGCAGUUUUAUUUUUUCUGUAUGUCAAAGCAACAAAAUUAAAUUAAUUUUUUUAAAAAUGUAAACCAAACGAAUAUAAAAUCCCUAUAUGUUCUAUGUGUAACUUUUGUGUUAAACGAUUUUUGUUUUAAAAUAAGCAAAUGUUAAUUUAAAUUACUAUUACUACCUAUGCUUUGAAUGUGGUACUUUUAUGUGUUAUAUGUUAGUGCAAUAAAUGACACAUAAUAUAAAGUAAUGUAUAUUUCACUCUAUUAAGUUUUGAAAAGCCCAAAUAAAAUCCCAGUAUUAA